AUGACACCAGGAUCCCUGGCAAAUGGAAGCAUGUCCUCUACCUUCCUGCUGAGUGGCAUUCCUGGGCUGGAGCACGUGCACAUCUGGAUCUCCCUCCCACUGUGCUUCAUGUACCUGAUUUCCAUACUGGGCAACUGCAUGAUCCUUUUCAUCAUUAAGACAGAGCCCUCGCUUCAUGAGCCCAUGUACCUCUUCCUGUCCAUGCUGGCUCUGACCGACCUGGGCCUGUCUCUUUGCACCCUCCCUACAGUGCUGGGCAUCUUCUGGACGGGAGCUCGAGGUAUUGGUCAUGAUGCAUGCUUUGCCCAGCUCUUUUUCAUCCACUGUUUGUCCUUCCUGGAGUCCUCUGUGCUCCUGUCUAUGGCCUUUGACCGCUUCGUGGCCAUUUGUCGCCCCUUGCACUACGCCUCCAUUCUCACCAACACGGUCAUUGGCAGAAUAGGCCUGGCUUCUGUGGGCCGUAGUGUAGCACUCAUCUUCCCACUGCCUUUUAUGCUCAAGAGAUUCCCCUACUGUGGCUCCCCGGUCCUCUCUCAUUCCUAUUGUCUCCACCAAGAAGUGAUGAAACUGGCUUGUGCCGACAUCAAGGCCAACAGCAUCUACGGCAUGUUUGUCAUUGUUUCCACCGUCGGGGUCGACUCGCUGCUCAUCCUCUUCUCCUACGCCCUCAUCCUGCGCACCGUGCUAUCCAUCGCUUCCAGGGCGGAGAGGCUCAAAGCCCUCAACACGUGCGUUUCCCACAUCUGUGCUGUGCUCCUCUUUUACACCCCCAUGAUCGGCUUGUCUGUCAUCCACCGCUUUGGAAAGCAGGCACCACAUCUUGUGCAAGUGAUCAUGGGCUUUGUGUACCUUCUGUUCCCUCCUGUAAUGAACCCUAUAGUUUACAGUGUGAAGACCAAACAGAUCCGGGAUCGGGUGACCCAUGCCUUUUGUAACUAG